CUCUGAAUGGAAAAUAGAGAAGAAAGAAAAAGGCAAAAGGAGAGACAAUAAACCCUAAAACGGAUCAAUCUUCCCCCAUUUCACAUUUCCAAUCAAUUUUCCUUCUGUUUUCAAGCAAAUCAAAAUCAUGACGACAAUUUGUAGGCGCCUUCUUCUUGUUAACAACGGAUCAUCAUCAUCAUCAUCAGCAGCAUCUUCUCUGAUUAUAUCAAAGUUUCAGACCAGAUCCAAGCACACUAUCCCCCGUGCUCCUAAAACUGUUAUCAGUUCGGAGAGGCCACUUAGACAAUUUGUCUCUGGGAAGAGGAGGUGUGCUGGAAGAAAUUCGGCAGGUCGUAUAACGAUUUUCCACCGAGGGGGUGGAGCGAAACGAUCACAACGAACAGUUGACCUCAAACGCAACACUUCGUCUGUCGGUGUUGUUGAAAGGAUAGAGUAUGACCCGAAUCGUACUGCCAGAAUUGCUGUUGUUCGAUGGGAUGAGGUUGACCGCCAUAAAAGAGUCAAUAUCGUGGGUGAGACUUCUCUGCCCCGGAAGGUGUUGCCUGCUAUGGAUAUUAAAGGUCAAGGUCGGUUUGCGUUCAGUUCUUUACCUGGGAUGCCGGAAGAUAGAAAGACGGUUUCUUCUGUGCCUAAAAGGGAUUAUGUAGUGGUUGGUCUUCCUAAAGGUGUAAUGCACGGGUCAAAAAGCCCGUUUAGUAGUGAAGCGGUAACCCAAAUGGCGAAUGUGAAGGACGUUUUCUUGUCUGCGUUUUCGUCUUCAAAAGGUAAGGGAAAUAAUGUACCCUAUUCUUUUGUUAGCUCUUUGGGUUUGCCGAGAAUGGCUAUAGCGGGUGCAAAGCCUGAUUUUUUCGUUCCAAGGAUGAAAAACGUUGCUGAAGAAAAUGAAAGUUUGUCUUCUGAUGAGAUUAAGAAAUGGGACAAAGAUAGCAUCGUUUGGGACCAUAAGAUGAAACGAAAAGCGGCAGUUACUUGGCAGAGUUUAAGGCACCAAGAGAUGUUGGGACUUGCUGGAGUAGCUGGUCAAACCGAGUCAAAGUUGAAGAUGAAAGCAAAGGAAAAAGAAAAAAGAGAUGGGAAGUUUAAUGUAGACCGUGCUCGUGUAACUUAUAUAUUAGCCACACAACAAAUGGAACCGGGCAGAUUGGUGAUGAAUUGUGAUUCAUCUAGCAAUGAGUUAUUGCGUAGACGCUGAUAGUGAAGAUGGCCGGCCGGCUUCUUAGAUUCAAGCUGGUGACUCUUGCUUUUAUUGUUUUGUAGCUCUUUUUUUAGUACUGUAUUUUUCUUUAGUUUCUGAAAAACUCCUGGGUGUUCUGUUCUCGGGUAUAAUGCACAACAUGAUGUAAUCUGUUGACAAAAACUUUGUUGAAUUAUAAACUUCAGCGCUUUUACUUACAUAAUGCUCAACAGUGAUGAUCCAUUUAUA